AUUUGUCUACAGGAAUUAUUUACCGGAGGAGAAUUGCAACGUGCCAGAAUGUAAUUCCUGAAAUUUUAAGAAAGGUCAGUGUCUUAAAAGUGCCCAACAUCUACUUGGAAGAGGAAUCUUGGCUUAAUACGCAGAAAAGAAACAUGGCUAUGAAAACUCAUUGUCUUACGUGGACACAGUAUGCGUCUCUGAGCGAGGAGUCUGUCUUCAGAGAGAGCUUGGAGAAUCCAAACUGGUGA